AUGCCGUCUGGUAACUCGCAUUCCCCGGAGGACUCUAAACCUCUUCUGCCUCAGGAGAAAUUGAAGGGUAAAGGUCCUUUUCACAUUGGACCUCUCUUCCCACAUCGGGCUGAGAAGAUUGUCAUCACACGAAGUGACAGUGUUCCAGAAGAGAAUGUACUGCAGAUCACUAUCACAGAAACGACCGUUAUCGAAUCUGACCUAGGAGUUUUCAACUCUAGAGCCCUCGUCUACCUCACAUUAUGGUUUUUCUUCAGCUUUUGUACACUAUUCCUCAAUAAAUACAUUCUCACCUUAUUGGAGGGGGAGCCGAGCAUGUUGGGUGCUGUACAAAUGCUGAUGACCACUUUUAUUGGCUGCAUCAAGAUGUUCAUUCCCUGCUGUCUGUACCAGCACAAAGCACGACUCAGUUAUCCUCCAAACUUCCUAAUGAUCAUGCUGUUUGUUGGCCUCAUGAGAUUCUCCACUGUGGUCCUAGGUCUUGUCAGCUUGAAGAAUGUGGCAGUGUCUUUUGCAGAAACUGUUAAAAGUUCAGCACCUAUUUUUACAGUUAUAAUGUCCAGGCUGAUACUGGGAGAGUACACUGGUGAGUACGUUUGCUUUUACUGUAUACCACAGAUUUUAUUUCACUUGCAUGAAAACCAAAAAGUAAUUUUAAAUGAUUUUAACUGCACUUUAGUAAAAGGUUCAGUUAUUCUUUGUUCCCCUGACCCAAACUACUCCCCUCCUUUCUUUGCCUGA